AUGACUAUUCGUACUCAAUUGGAAGAUUUAUCAAAUGAAAUAUUUUUGGAUAUAUUCGAGUACUUAGAUGCAAAUGAUAUUUUUUUUGGAUUUACUUCACUUAACUUACGUAUCUCUUUACUUCUCAAUUCUAUUCCUCUUCAUGUCAACAUCCAUCGAACUUAUUGUCGUCAUGAACUUGAAUUUUUGUGUAAUCAUUUGAAAUUUCAUUCUGAUCAAGUUGUUUCAUUACAAGUUCAUGAUCAAAUUUGUGAUCAAACAAAUGUUAUUGUAUAUCUUUUUCAUCGACAUGAUUUUAUCAAUCUUCAUUCAUGCAUAUUUUAUUCAAUUAAUUCAUCAUCUAAAUUAAAAAUUGUUGUUGAAAAAUUAUCAAAAUUACCAAAAAUCGUUUUAUUUCGUAUAAUUCAAUCUUGUAAUGUUAAAGAAGAUAAACUUAAUACAUCUGAUGCAUUUGAAUUUAGUCAAUUGAUUUUGAUAGAUACGCCAUCAACACUUCGCUCAACUUCUCUUUAUUUUCAUUAUAAUCAUACUCAAAUUGCAACAAUAUCAAAAGUUACAACAAAUCUUACACAUUUGCAAAUAAUCUUUUAUGGUACAUUAAAUGAUAUAUCGAUUUAUUCUCUUAUUCCUUUGCUUCGUAUUCAUCGUGCAUUACGAACUCUUUGUGUGACAAUCAAAAGUACACAUGUGAUGGGGGCUUAUAAUACAAAUUUGCCUAAUCUUCCAUUUAUUAAUGAAAAUGAUCUUCCAAUAUCAUCAUUAUUAAAAUCGUUCGAUUUACAAAUAGUUAUGGCUCCAUGUGAUAUUUAUUCAAUUGGUCUUAUUCUCCAUUGUAUGCCAAAUCUUUAUCAAUUUGUUUUUACAUUUAUUCGUGAUCGAAGUCUUUCACCAUUUAUUAUGGAUUUGAUUCAUGGACAAAAUUGGCAAGAGAUGUUAACAAGUCAUGUACCUUAUUUAAAAAAAUUUGAUUUUCAUAUAUCUUUGUUAAAGUUUGAUCAACCAUUAGAUUUCGAUGAUAUUGUCAACUCAUUCAGAUGUCUUGUCAACUUAUAUCAUCAAUGGGAUAUGUGCAUUAGUCGAUGGGAGUAUUGGCCAAAUAUUCUGUUUGUUUACAGUAAGAUAAAUAAAUAAAAUUGGAGAAUUAAUAAAUAAGUGUUUUUUAUCUAGACAAGUAAUCUUUCCAUGAAGUUUGAUUUGAAGAAAAAUAAAAUUUAAAUCUAUAUCUAAAAAAUUACUCAAAUGCAGAUAGAAGUUCCAUUUCUAGAUUUCUUUCGUACUUAAUUGUUGCAUUUGUUUCCGCUAGAAGAUGUCCAAUAUAUAAAAUUGAGAAAACAACUUUUAGAUACACAUUUAUUCAUCAGUAGGUUAACUAGGGUAUUUUUCCUUGAAAAAAAGGAACAACAGUUGAGAAAUAAGCAAAAUCUUAGAAAUUUCAAAACGUAGUUCAUUGUAUUAACUCAACUUUUGAAUAUUGAUAUAUUCCUUGAAGGGUAAACAUUCUCUAUCAGAUCAAAAAUGCUUAUUCUAUGGUUUGGUUCUAAUGAACAAAAAUAUUCGAGUCUUACGGAAUCAGAUUUCUUUCAGUCACAUUUCUCCGAAUUGAGAGAAUGUUGUUAUGAUGUCAUAGCACCUCAUGAGUUAACACUUCUUGCUAUUGAUAGACUUACCUUUUUUUCAGUGUCAGAUAGUUGCCUAUUAUCUAUCGAUUUACGAUAAAAACAUAUUUACAGAUCAGAUAAAAGUUUAAUUUCUGUCAUUUCGAAUAGAACUUUGUUGAAAAUAUCAGUAAUUUUUCUGAAGUUCAAAUAUUUUAAAUAUACCGGGUGAAGCAUAAUGAUUGCACCUUUGAAUAUUUCGCAAAUAUCUCAUCACAAAUAAAUCA